UACUGCAUUGCACCAUGGACUUACUAGAGUGCAUGCUCAAACAAUGUGCAAGCUCAAUCCUCCUUUCUCCGAUUUUGUUGUGUUCGAUCCCGGUGUUCGAUAGAAUAAGGAUCACUGCAAAAGCAACCGCCCCCUUUGUGUUUGAGCAGUGGUUUCUUUGCGUUGUCUGACCCCAGUUCCAGUUAGCCAGCUGCCAGCCGCAGCCCGAGCUCAAAUUGUCGGUGCUGUCGACGAGUCACAUAUGAGUUGCUAUAUCAGGAGAGUAGAUCCAGCUAACUGCAGACGUGUUAAGGCUCAUUGUCCAAUUAUCCACUUCUUUCUCUUCUUUUCUGCCUCCAUCUUUCCUUUUCCUUUCAUUUUCUCUUUGGCUCUCUUCCGUUCAGAUUGAAGGAUGGCUCAGUCGUAUUCCGCUCCGGUUCCUCUCAAGAGCAAACGAUGCACUCUAGAAAGAGCAGAAAAAUUCAUAUCAAGCAUCUACUUCACUGACUGCAAUUUGUAUGGAAAGCUCUUUCCUGAGAAGCACCCUGUGUGCAUCACACACAGAAAGGUCAAAGGUCGUGUGACCUUCGACGAGGCCACCAAGGGAUGGAGUUCAACAAGUUCCAAGUCCAAGUAUCCUCCUGCUACAGAGGUCAAGCCAGGGUCAUCUUACGGUCCAACGUGGGCAACUCACUGGUUUCGUGUUGAGAUCCAGAUCCCCAAAGCUUGGCACAAGCAGGAAGUCCAUCUUCUGUGGAACUCUAACUCUGAAGCAAUGGUUUGGAGUCCUGGAGGAGAGCCUCUUCAGGGGUUAAACAAGGACGACCGCAUCAGCUUCAUCUUAACUUGCCCGCAUUCCUCAUUGAAAUAUGAUCACCUGUAUAUAGAGAUGGCAUGCAAUAAGAUCCUUGGAGCGGGGAGUGAUCUCAUAGAUGCACCGGUAAUGGAUCUUACAUUCACGCUCUCGCAAGCCGAGCUGGCGCUUUUCAACCGUGACGCCUAUGACUUAACGAUGGAUGUCGAAAUCUUGGUCGACAUGGUCAAGCAUCUACCAGAGAGUCGUGAGCGAUGUUACCAGGCGCUCUACACUGUGAAUCGAAUGAUGAAUGCUUGUUCAGCUGAUCAACCUCAAACUUACCAAGCCGCUAGAGAUAUCUGCAAAAAGUUCCUUGAGCAAAGGAACGGAGACUCGGCUCAUACCAUCCAUGCGAUUGCCAAUGCUCAUAUUGAUUCAGCCUGGCUAUGGCCUUAUGCCGAGACCAAGAGGAAAGUAGCCAGGACCUGGUCCAAUGUUCUAAGUCUCGCUGAGGACUACCCUCAACUCAACUUUGCCUUCUCACAGGCUCAGCAGUUUCAAUGGGUAAAAACCGACUACCCGUCGCUCUACAAGAAGAUACAGGAAAUGGCCAAGACAGGGCGAUUCAUCCCUGUAGGUGGAUGCUGGGUGGAGAUGGAUGGGAAUCUGCCGAGCGGGGAAUCCUUCGUCAGGCAGCUGCUCUAUGGACAGAGGUUCUUCAAGGAAGAGUUUGGGAGCUACUGUACAGAGUAUUGGCUACCAGACACGUUUGGUUACUCCGCCCAGCUGCCUCAGAUCUUAGCCGGUGGAGGAAUGAAGAGGUUUGUCACUCAGAAGAUGAGCUGGUGUCUCGUCAACAAGUUCCCUCACAGUACCUUCUGGUGGCAAGGUAUAGACGGGACAAAGUGCCUCGCUCACUUCCCUCCUACAGACACGUACCAUGCUAGGGUCAAAGUGGAAGAAUGUCUGAAGAAUGCAUCGAACCAUCAAGACAAAGGACGCUCAGAUCACAGCCUCAUGCUCUAUGGAUUCGGGGACGGGGGAGGUGGACCAACGAAUGACAUGCUGGAGCGGAUGCAGAGAUUGGAGGAUGUGGACGGCAUCCCGAGGGUCAAACCGUCCACCCCGAAUGAAUUCUUUUCAGCCAUAGAGAAAGAUGCAGGCAACCUAUGUACAUGGGAAGGAGAGCUGUACCUGGAGUUACAUCAGGGAACCUUCACCACACAGGCAGAGAUAAAGCGCCUGAAUAGAAAGCUAGAGCACAAGUUUCAGCAGAUAGAGUUUCUCUCAGUCCUUCAACCCAUCGGUAAAGAAGUCUUGACCCAGAAGACCAUCUCAGAGAAAUGGAAGAGGCUUCUCCUUCAUCAGUUCCAUGAUGUUCUACCCGGGAGCUGCAUUAGAGAGGUAGUAGAGGAUGCCCUAGGUGACAUGCAAGCCUUGAUCAAGGAGCUGGAUACGGAGAAGAAGAAUCUUGUCAAAGCUCUGUCGACACACACUAAGGGUGGAAAGCCAUCAUCAAAGGGCGGGUCAAAGGUCAUUUCUAACAACCUGAGUUGGGAUCGCACAGAGGUAAUUGACCUCCGUCAGAGUUCAACGACCAGUGAGGCAGGGUCAAGCAUCGAUGGUCCUACGCAGGCCAAGAAGACUAAGCGGAUGAAAAAUGAAUCUGAAGCAGAGAAGAAAUUUGCUCUAGUCACCAUUCCUGCCAUGUCCGUGUCGACCGUUGCUCAGUGCUCCGUAGCCCCCAAGCCCUUCGUUCCUGCUCAGAUCAAAUCUUUCAACAAUGGGUACAAGCUGUGGAAUGAACACCUGGUGGCCUUUGUAGACUCCUGCGGAAGAUUGACCCAGAUGAAUCUGAGUGAGCCUGGCUGGCAGACCAGAGGAACUGAACCUGUCUAUCAGAAACCUGAUGUCAUCCCUGAUGGUGGUCACUAUGGCAACCAGUUUGUAAUGUUUGAUGAUGUUCCUCUCUACUGGGAUGCAUGGGAUGUGAUGGACUAUCAUCUGGAAACAAGGAAGCCAGUGAGUGAGUGUAUAUCGAUUGAGAUUGUGGAGACCAAUGCUCUUCAGGUGUGUCUGAAGGUUGGACUUAAGAUCAGCGAGAGGAGUAGCAUUGAACAGAGGAUUGUACUCAGAGCUCAUUCCAAGUACCUUGAGUUUCAUACAAAGGUUCACUGGGACGAGUCACACAAGUUCCUGAAGGUGGAGUUCCCGGUCAAUGCUCACUCGCCAGAGGCGACCUUUGACAUCCAGUUCGGCCACCUAAAGAGACCUACGCACCAGAACACAUCCUGGGAUUGGGCUAGAUACGAGGUAGUUGGCCAUAAGUGGAUAGAUCUAUCACAGUAUGACUGGGGUGUAGCUAUACUCAAUGACUGCAAGUAUGGACACUCUGUCAUUGGAAAUGUCAUGAGGAUUUCAUUGUUACGUUCCCCUAAGAAGCCUGACCCUGAAGCUGAUAUUGGUGAUCAUAUCUUCUCAUAUGCCAUAAUGCCUCAUACAGGUACCUACCAAUCAGGAGGUGUGAUCCAAGCAGCCUAUGAAUUCAACAACCCUAUGACACUAGUGCCUGUGUCAUCUGUAACAACCCUUGACCUGAGGGAGUUCCUUACCAUAGCGCCCUCUUCUGUCAUCAUUGAGUCAGUCAAGAAGUCUGAAGAUCGAAACAACUGUGUGGUUAUACGCUGCUAUGAGGCUUACGGAGGAGAAGUAGUCGCCAAGCUAACAACCAAGUUGAAAGCAAGCAAGUUCACAAGGUGUAACUUCCUAGAAGAAGAAGAUGUAGGAUCUGGGGGAUUCUUGGAUGAGAGUCCAUCAUCGGUUAGCUUCAGACUCGGACCAUUCCAGAUAGCCACGAUCAAGAUACAACUAUAAAGGCUCUUUCGGAUAUGGUGCAGUAAACAGCUGAAUUAUGUGAAAUCAAUCUAUGACAAAAACAAUCAUACCUAGCAUUCUAUAGGCUAAUGGUUAAGGGGAGAUGGUAGUCCGUUUCCAUGUGCAGAAAGUCAUAAUUUGCUGAUACCAGACUUGGUGGAAAUACCAUGCAAGUCUGCACACUGCAAACUCGUAGUCCCAUCAAGAAAUACCCUGUAGACUCUCAGAGAGUCCUCGGGUGAGGGAUAUGUAAGAUAAUUAAUUUUUCAUAUGGGAUGAUCGGUAGAAAAUGCAGGGCAUUAUGUAGAUUGUUAUUAUUGAUGAUAUUCUUUAAUAAAGGUAGAAUUUCUCUGGAAAGUGAUAUUCAAUAACGUUUGGAACUGACAAUCUAGUAAUGCAUAUCUAGGUUUUUUUUUUAUCAUAAUACAAUCAUGACAGAGAAGUUCAAAAAUUGCUUUUCUGUUUAAGAAUUUGGUUUUGAUCAAGUACAAUUUUCUCAUAGUGAUACUACAGUAUUUUAUUGUUUUCUUCCCAGACCAGAGCUGAAUCGCUUUCCACUCCUAUGUAUUUUUUCAACUGUUUCACUCAAGAUUUUAUGAUAUUGCUGAAUCUGUUGAAAUCGAUUUUGAAUACAACUCUGGCAAUAUCAUCUAGGCUAUAUACAUCAAAACAAAUCUAUAAUGUGCAAGUGAUUUUGUAGGCAUUCCAUUAAUGUGCUGUGACAGCUUCAUCUGUUUACAAGUUCAAGAAUUUCCGAGUCUCCCUUAUUUUGUUUGAGGACAAUGGAUUCCGAUUGUAUCGACAAACUUUUUUAAAAAGUGAUAUGUUAUUUUUAAAGUAGCCCAAUCAUGUGAAGCAAUGUGUGUAGCACUUUGUAACUGCAAGGAAAUGUAUUAUAUCAAAUACCGUUUGGUUUUGAUUGGAUACUUUAAUGUGGAUGUAAAAGACUUUAUACAGUGUUGAACAGCUAGCAAAGAUUUAAAACAAUUGAGUAUGCUUGCUUGUGUUGUAUUUUGUAUUGUCAUUAGUUUCCAGUUCGUGUUGUAGACAAUUAUGAGAAUAUCUGUUAUAUCCACUUUUAAAGUGAAUAAAAAACAUAUUUCUGCCAAAACAAGAUGAAGAUGAAAGUUAUAUUAAAUAAUU